AUGGCGGAGGGGACCCCCGCGCCCCUCCCCCCCGCGGGCUCGCCCCGGCCCGCGCCCCCCCGCGCCGCCGCCCCGCCCAGCCCGCCGCGACCCUCGGGGGGCUCCGCCGCCAGCAGCCGCGACCACUCGGCCGAGAGGGACCCCCCCGGCCCGGCCAGGAGCGCCCCCGCCGCCGGCAUCAUGAAGGACGGGUCUCGCCAGCGCUCCCUGCAGAAGAAGAAGACCGUCUCCUUCAGCACCAUGCUGAGCAACCGCAAGCUCAGCAGCACCGCCGCCUGCAUCUCCUUCAUGCUGGAGGGCUGCGAGAUGAAGAAGGUGCGCUCCAACUCGCGCAUGUACAGCCGGUUCUUUGUGCUGGACCCUGACCUGCGUUUCAUGCACUGGGAGCCUUCCAAGAAGGACUCUGACAAAGCCAAGAUUGAGAUCAAGUCGGUCAAGGAGGUGCGAGUUGGGAAGAAGACGCCUGUGCUCCGCUCCAACGGCCUCUCGGACCAGUUCCCAGAUGAGUGCGCAUUCUCCAUCAUCUACGGAGACAAUUACGAGUCCUUGGAUCUGGUGGCGAGCUCUGCCGAUGUGGUGAAUGCGUGGGUCAUGGGGCUGCGGUACUUGGCAUCCUAUGGAAAGCACACUCUGGAGGAGGCCCCCGAGACUGGGCGUCCUAACCCCCGCACCUCGUGGGUCUCCUCUGUCUUCGACAUUGCAGACUUGGAGAAGGAAGGCCGAAUCCCAGUCUCCCGGGCCGUGCAGCUCAUUCGGGCGCUCAACCCUGGUAUGAAAGCCUCGACGAUCGAACUGAAGUUCAAAGAGCUCCAGAAAGCCGCCAGUGAGCGGCUGGGGGAAGAGGUCAGCUGUGAGGUCUUCGUGGAGGCCUACUGUGAGCUGUGCACCAGGCCCGAGGUAUUUUUCCUCCUGGUCCAGUUUUCCAGCAAUAAAGAGUACAUGGGCUUGAAGGAUCUCAUGAUCUUCUUGGAGGCAGAGCAGGGCAUGGAAGGGGUGACAGAAGAAAUGUGCAUGGAGAUCAUCGGCAAAUACGAGCCGUCCAAGGAAGGGCGGGAAAAGGGUUACUUGGCCAUCGAUGGCUUCACACGCUACCUCCUCUCGGCCGACUGCUCCAUCUUCGAUCCGCAGCACCGCCGAGUGUGCCAGGACAUGAGCCAACCGCUGUCUCAUUACUUCAUCAGCUCUGCACAUGGAGCGUGUCUGACUGAGGACAGUUGUUUCUGGGGUGGCUCCACCUCGGACAUUGGGGGUUAUGUGGCGGCUCUCAAGGCUGGCUGCCGCAGCUUGGAACUAGUGGUAUGUGAUGGCCCUUCUGGAGAGCCGGUGGUUGGUGCUGGGGCCCGCUUGGCUUUCUCUAGAGUGGUGGCCGCUGUUGCAGAAUAUGCCUUUGAAGCAUCAGAGUUUCCUCUUAUCCUAUGCCUCUCUGUGCACUGCUGCUGUGCACAGCAGAGGGUAGUGGCAGAACAUCUGAGGAAGACUUUUGGGGACAAGCUGUACCUCGUACCCCCGAAUCCCAACGAAGGAUAUCUCCCCUCUCCAGAAAGGCUCAAGAGAUGCGUCCUUAUCCAAGGCCGAAAGCUGCCCCUCAGCUGCCAGUUGAGUGAGGGGGAUGUAUCUGACGACGAGGAGACUUCAGAGUUAGGACUGCCGCUCGGCGAGGAGGACCACGAGCAGCCCCGCCACCGACGAGUCCUGUGCCGCGAACUCUCUGACCUGGUGAGCCUGUGCCAGUUGGUGUCUUUCCAAGGCUUUGAGGCCUCUCGGCGGGGCCAAUGCUAUUGGGAAAUGUGUUCCUUCAGCGAGGUGGAGGCUGGGCGAUAUGCCAACGAGGAGCCAGAAGAUUUUGUGGCCUACAACAAGCGCUUCCUGUCACGGGUUUAUCCCAGCCCUAUGCGCAUCGAUGCCAGCAACAUGAACCCACAGGACUUCUGGAAGUGCGGCUGCCAGAUGGUGGCCAUGAACUACCAGACGCCAGGCCUUAUGAUGGACCUGAACGCUGGUUGGUUCCGCCAGAACGGGGGCUGCGGAUAUGUGCUACGGCCAGCCAUUAUGCGCGACGAGGUAUCCUACUUCAGCGUGAACACUAGGGACGCUUUGCCCGGCAUCUCGGCCCAACUGCUACACCUCAAGAUCAUCAGCGGGCAGAAUCUGCCCAAGCCCAAGGGCUCCGGUGCCAAGGGGGACGUGGUGGAACCAUACGUCUGUGCCGAGAUUCACGGCAUCCCAGCCGACUGCACUGAGAAACGCACUAAGACAGUGCUGCAAAGCGGGGACAACCCUGUGUUUGAGGAGACUCUGGAGUUCCAGGUGAACCUUCCCGAGCUGGCGAUCCUCCGGUUCAUGGUGCUCGAUGACGAUUACAUCGGGGACGAGUUCAUUGCGCAGUACACCAUCCCCUUUGAAUGCCUCCAGACGGGCUACCGCCACGUGCCCCUCCAGUCCCUCUCUGGCGAGUCCCUCUCCAAUGCUACUUUGUUUGUGCACGUGGCCAUCACCAACCGAAGGGGUGGGGGCAAAGCACACCGGCGGGGGCUCUCGGGGCGCAAGGGACGGCGCAUGCGGGAGUACACGUCCACGAAGGCCACGGGAAUCAAGGCCAUAGACGAGGUGUUCCGUACUGCCACUCAGCCGUUGCGGGACGCCACAGACCUGCGGGAGAACAUGCAGAACGCUCUGGUCUCCUUCAAGGAGUUGUGCGGCUUAACACCGGCUGCAAACAUCAAGCAGUGCAUCUUGAAGCUGGCCACGUGGCUGCAACCCAGUGAGAAGGAGAGCCCCCCGGCCGUCACCCUGAACCUGGGCGAGGAGUACCCUUCCAUGGAGGCCCAGGGGCCUGUCCCGGAGCUGCUACGGAAAGUGCUUGCCGCCUACGACACUAUGAUCCAGACAAGCCGGAUGCUAAUUGAGUCAGCCGACGCCGUUCACACCAAGAUUAUCCAGGUGCAACAAGCAGGGAUGGGUUUUCACAAAGAGCUACACCGGCUGGAGGUGAAGGAGGGUCUGAAAGGGCGGAAGCUGCAGAAAGCGCUGGAGAGUUUUGCCUGGAACAUCACGGUCCUCAAGGGCCAGGCCGAUCUGCUGAAACACUCCAAGGCCGAGGCGCUGGACACGCUGUGGCAGAUCCACAACGCCGCCCAGUCCUGCGGCAUCGGGCGGAACGGAGCCGCCUCCCCCGACCUCUUCCGCAGCCGAGCCGUCCUGGACCCCAUCCCGGAGACCGAAGGCGGAGGCAGUGACACGGGGUCUUCCUGACUCGG